CCAAGCCCCGCCCCCACGGUUCAGCCCUGGUUGACUUGGAAACCAUCGCAGCGUCGUUGGAGGACAGCGCAAUCACUGCCGGGAUGAAAGCCGCCCUGCCUGGUUUGUUUGUGCACCUUUUGCCCUCAGAAUGAGAGACAUAACGGGGCCUGAGGAUGCCAGUGGGUGAGAGUGAAGACCGGGCGAGGACCCGGGAAAGAUUCAAUGAAGUCUUCAAGAAAUACUCUGAAUCAGACAAGAAAAAGCUGAAGAAGAAAAACACUGAAACGCAGGAGACUAUUGUGCUUCAGAAUCUAAAAAAGAACCUUGAGAAGGACACAGAAGAUGACGAGACCAUCCUCCAGAACACAUAUCACCCCGAACAGGCCAGCCCUCGCUACACCAAGAAUAAGCAAAGAGAGAGGGAAACGGCGGAAAAGGUUAACACCAACAACAGUAGAAACCAAGAGGACACUAAGACGUCCAAGGGCAAGAGGAGAAGCAGGAGGGAGCUUCCCCCGCUUCCUGUCCCUGAGGACACCAAAGGUCACGCCGGGAAGGACGCGGUGGCCACCAAGUCCGAGAUCGCUUCGGAGCCGGAGGGUGGAGGCGGUGGAAAGGAACCGAAGCGGAGAAGCAAAAAAGGGAAAGGCAAGGGAGACACCGAGGCCGAGGAAGCGAGUCAGGCGGAGGAUGCGGAGGACAAGCUGCUGCUCGAUUACCAGCAGCAGAUCGCACGGGACGAGGAGAGGACCUUAAAGACGGCGAGCGCCAAGACCGAGGAACCGAGCGCCCUCUCCCAAAAUGUGUCGCUGAAUAACGACGUCGGAAAGAAGAAGAAGAAAAAGCUGAAAUCUGUCAUCACACAGCCGGAAGUAGGGGGUGAAGAUGAAGACGCCGAUGUGGACAACGAAGCGGAAUCCAAGGGAAAGAAGAAGAAAAAGAAGAAGAAACACGUUGUCAAAGAAGAGAGCGAAACGGAGGCAGAAGUACCACAGCAAGCAACAUUUGACGACAGCCUGGUGCUGGGAGUGUACGCCCACAGGACGGACCGCCUCAAGACCGACCUGCUGAUCUCACACCCGAUGGUGAAGAUACACGUCGUGGAUGAAACCACUGGACAGUACGUGAAGAAGGAAGACUGCCAUCGGCCGGUCUCCUCGUUUUACGAGCAGGAGACCGUCGACCACAUCCUCCCCAUCAUGACUCAGCCGUUUGACUUCAAGAAGAACAAAUCCAUCAUCCCCGAGUGGCAGGAACAGAUCAUCUUCAACGAACGCUUCGGCUACUUCGUGGAACAGAAGGACGGAAGCCCCAGAGUCAUACUCCUCUUUGAAAUCCUGGACUUCAUAACCAUGGAGGAAGCACGAGCCAACGUUGACGUCGACAAGCACGAGCGAGGAUUCAGAAAGAUCGCGUGGGCGUUUCUCAAGCUCGUCGGCACAAACGGUGUGCUGAACAUCGACAGUAAGCUUCGCCUCCAGCUCUUCUGCCCUCCGCCUCGGGCGAAGAGACAACCAAAAACAAUCGAGGUGGUGGAGUGGUGGAGGAAGUACCCCCGAAACAAAUACACAUCCACCCUUUAUGUGACGGUGAAGGGCAUCAAACUCCCGGAGCAUGUGGACCCCGGUAUUCGGUCCAUGAUGGCACUGCAGGAGGAGCGGGGCAGCACCUCCUACAGCGAACUCCAGAAUGAGGUGACCAAGAGAAGCCAGACUCAGCCUCCAGACAACAAGCCGCCGGCCUUGAGAUGGAGCCGGCUGCCGGGACAGGUGUGCCGGAUUCCUAACAAGUCCAUGCUGUCCUUCCGUGGCGGUCGGAUGGGCUGCUUCACAUUGCUGUUCUCUCACAACGGGACGAUGCUGGCUGCUGCUUGUGCCGACACGGAUGCCUUCCCUGUAGUCGUGUAUGAGAUUCCCUCCGGCCAGGCUUUGGCUGCCUUCAGCGGCCAUCUCAAAAUAGUCUACGAUCUCUGCUGGUCCAGAGACGAUCGGAGCCUCUUGUCUGCCUCCUCCGACGGAACUGUGAGAGAGUGGAACGUGGAGAGGCUUCAGGCGGCGGCCCAGAAGGUGCUCCCUCACCCGUCCUUCGUGUACUGCGCUCGGUACCGACCCGCAGCCCAGAACCUGGUGGUGACGGGCGGCUUCGACGCUCUGGUGCGAGUGUGGAGGCUCGACGUGGACGACGUGAACGGCCAGCUGCUGCAGGAGUUCGAGGGCCACGGCAGCUUCAUCAACUCCAUUUGCUUCGACUCUGAAGGAAGGAGAAUGUUCUCCGCGGACAAUGCAGGCCUCAUCCUCGUGUGGAAAACCACAACAACUGACAGCAAGCGUCAUCCGCCGUGUCACCGCUGGUGUGUCGAGAUGAAAAUUGACGAGAGCGACCUCCGGGGCGUCCCCAUCAACAUGCUGCAGCUCCACCCAAACGGGCGGUGCCUGCUCAUCCACGCCAGAGACAGCGUGCUGAGGGUGAUGGACUUGAGAAUCCUGGCUGUGAAGAAGUACAUCGGAGCCACAAACUACAGAGAGAGGAUCUAUAGCACCUUCACGCCGUGUGGGAACUUCAUCUUCUCCGGUAGCGAGGACGGGAUGGCGUACGUCUGGAAUGCCGACACAGGUGACCAAGUGGCGGUCUACUCUGAGCUGUUGUACCCCACCGCUCUCCACGGCGUCUCGUUCCACCCUCACGAGAACAUGGUGGCCUUCAGCGCCUUCGGCCAGAGCCAGCCGGUCCGCCUGUACCUGUACGACCGCAAGGUCUCCCAGCUGGAGCUGCACAACAUGAGAGCAGCGAGCCGGUCGGCUUCUACAGACCCCAGAACCGUCAGAAACACACCGGACCCCCCGGCGUCGCACGACGCCUCCGUCGGCUCCACCAUGGACCAGUUCGCCCGAGCCACGAGGCUCGCCUUGAAAAUGCAGUGCGUUAAGGAGCGGCUGGAUUCAGUGCUGGAGCCACAUCUGAGAUCUUCACCUUCUGGAUACAUUUAUGAGCAAGACAGAGUCCUCACGGGGAGGAGCUUCACGGUGGAUUCCGGCACAGUGGAAUUAAAUGCCUCGUUGCUGCCUCCGUCCGUCCUGUCGCCGCACGCCCAGCUGCAGCUCUCCGGCCCCCUGGCGGAGCAGCUUGUCCCCCGGGCGGCCCCGAGCGCCCACGGCCGCGGUUUCAGUCCAGUCGGUCGUCGUCUAAAAGCAGCUCCGUCUCUCAGGCUUCAGACGAGCCACCCUGACCACGUUUCUUCAGGAAUCCACGCGGAAACAGAUUCUGUCCCCGUUCAACAAGUCGUCGUCUCGCUCCGUGACUACAGAGCCAACCGGUCCGAUGAGCUGACCGUCCGCCGCGGCGAUGUCAUCCACGUGCUGUACAAAGACAACGACAGCUGGUGGUUCGGCCGCCUGGCCGACGGGCAGCAGGGAUACUUUGUAGCUUCUUACGUGGCGGAUCGGAGAGAUCUCAAUGAAGAGGUGACUCAGUCGGUCGAGGCGCACGCGGCCUCGUCCGAAGGGACGGUUGAGAGGGCGACGCCCACCAGGGUGUCUGCCGCGAUUAGUUCUUCCGGGGAGCUGCGGUUCCUUUCCGAGCCGACUCUCUCCGACACCGAGCCGGAGCUGACCGACGCCAGAGCAAGAAGGAAAAAGAAGGUGAAGAAGUCCGGAGUCCCCGCGGCGUCGUCUCAAGCCACGUUUUCCGAUGCGGACGCUUCGGGGUCCACGAGGACCGGGAGGAGAGGCCGGUCAGCUGACAGGCCUCUCCCAAAGAGACCCACGGGCCGGACUAACGGCGCCUUCGAGCCCGACGCGUGAACUCAGACACGUCGAGUGCGUUCGCCUUCUUCAUAAAAAUGCUUUUUUUUGUUGUUGUAAUUACAAUCAAUCUUGCAGGUGUGUUAGAUUUUUAUAUUUGACUAUGUGAACUAAAUGAGUAUAAGUAAGUAUUUGCUGUGUUGCACAGAUCGAUCAAUGACGUGUAAAGACUUCCGUUGUACAUAUUUAUAAAUAACAUAAGCAUCAAUCAACUAUUGUGUAUAAUUUUACUGAACAUAUAGAAUACAAAAUGUCUCCAAUAUUGUAGUUGUAUUCUCUUAGCCUGUAGGAGAUGAAUGUUUUUUUUUAUACGCCACUUCUAGAAAGCUAUAUAAAAAUACAAAUGUAUUCCUUUCCAAUUUAAGCACAUGUAAAGUCACACUUUUUAUUAAAUAAAUACGCUCACGGGCUAUUUUGA